AUGCAGGCAAACAAGUCCGCCUCGGGAUCGGGCUUGCAACGCUCCGGCACUUCCGACAUGAAAGCCGCCGCAGCAUCAUUGGGAGAAGUUCAUAGCCAGUUGCCAGAAGAGAUCAAGGAUUUGCGGGGGCAUCUGCUUGUGGAAGCUGUGUUCUCGUCGUGGGGCGCCGGUACAUGCACUGUGCCGUGGCUCAAUGAAGCAGGCGAGCGCAACGUGCGGUCGGACGAGGUUAACCGCCCGAUCAUGGAGUCUUUGUGUGAGGCUUAUGUGGAUCGCAUUCUUGAGUCUGGCCUGAACGUCGACUGUUCUGGACAGGGUGGGUGGGUGGGAACGGGAAGGGCAUGGAUGGUAUAUGGUCCGAACCAAUUUCCUGUGACUGCGAUCACCUAUGGUCACAGGUCCGAGGCAAUGUACCGUGCAAUCCAGCGCGAACCUGACAACCCCUACGUCAAGAAAGCGCUCGCAACAGGACUCGAGUCCGUUCGGAUGCUCAGCAACAGCGUACCCGUGGAAGUCAAGGCCGCACUGUGCCAGAUGCACAACGCAUACCACGAAGGGGCCGGUGAAACCUGGCUCGCGUUGCUGGACCGUGCCGAGGAACUCAUGAACGAGUGGGACCUCCGGAACAAUGGACCCCACGGCACCGGCCUGACCACGAGGAACGCCCAAUAUGAUACGUUGAUGGAGAAGUUCAUUUUCAAGGAAAAGAAUGCUCAGGGAUGGGGCGAUUCGCUGAACUUCUUCAAGUCCACUACGAUCUUGAACAACUAUUUGAACAGGUUCUUCCUCAAGAAUGACGUCCGCGACUGGUGCAAUGCUCACAUGAGCUUCGGUGAUCACAGCUUGAGCAACAGGGAUCUCAUCUUCAUGUUGCACCAGAUGGCCGUGACCAUUGUAUCGUCAAUGGUGAAGUACUACCACAAAGAGUUCAUCGGCGUGGCUCUGUUCGAAGAUGCAGUUGCAUUUGCAUUUGCAGCUGAGAAUGCUGCUGAGUCCGCCCAGCAGGGAAAGAUCAACCCCAAGAAGAAAGCGAAGGCCAAGUCCAAAGCCAAAGGAUCCAAAGGCGGCAGCAAGGGCAAAGCAGAUGCAGAUGAAUCCAUCGCCCGAUUGUCCUCAUGGAGCAGUCUUGCCGUCCCUAUGGAAGGGGUUGAUGGCAGUCAGUCCGAUGCGACACGCCCCAAGACGCUCAUGGAUGACUUCAUGGCCAUCAUGAUGCAGAAUUUCUUGAAGGCGGAGAAAAAGAUCUCACCUGGAGGUGUCUACAGCAUGUCAGAGAGGACCUUGCAGCUCUGGACCGAAGCCAAAAUGAACGUCUUUGGGUAUGCAGUCUCCUACUUCCUCGAGUUCACGUGGACGGCAGUGGUUGCGAUCAACGGAAAGUUCACAAGAACCUACACAGCUUUCAGACCGGAGCUUGAAACGUUUGUCCACACGUCCUGUGAACUGGCUGUGACAGGUGUUGCGUCGGCCUCUAGCAGUACAACGCCCUCUGCCACCGCUCACAUGCAGCUGGGUGCGAACUUCUCUGACUUGCUGGAUGCGGGGUGGGCCACCGGCGGCAACGUGAAGGACGAAUCCGACGAGGUGAGGACACUGGAUCGCAUCAAGCACAGCAUCGACGCAGUGAAGGCCUCCGGCAUGAUGGCAUUCAUCAAGGACGUACUUCCGCUGCCGCUCUCGUACCACGGAGCCUUUGCGGCCGCAAGGCAAACGCUCGCCACGGACACCGGACUCGUUUCGGAGUCCUCGCUGCAGACGGUCAUGCAGAAGAUCUUUGACAGCUUACAGGGCGUGCUACCCCAGCGGUGGCUCUCCUUCGCGGCGGACGUCUGUGAUAUGCACGCGGCACGUCUCGACUUCGUCGGCAACUCUGGCGAGGUGUUCUGCGGCCAGAAGGACGUGCUGGAGAGGUUCUGUGCGAUGCGAGCGUUGUACACGCUUGCGUUGCUCCGUGACUUGAACAGGAUGCACAAAGUCCGGUUCGAGACUGACGUCAGCCUCCUGAUUUCUUCCUUGCAUGUGGACAUGCAGAAUGCAGUGGAAUGGUUUGGGUCCAAACAGUCGCACAGUGGAUCUGCAUCUGCAUCGGUAGCGGGUGCGUCGCGUGAGCCGCAGCAGGGGUCACAGGAAGAAGAUGCUCCUACGAAGACUAAGCCCCACCCAGUGGCCUUGCUGAUCCCUGGUUUCGACGUGCUUCAGAGCGGCUUGUCCAACAUAAUCAUUGUCGGUCCCAGUCUCAGCCUUAGCCGUAGCGGCUUAACGAUUGAGCCUCAGCCUCAGCGUCUGACCGAGUCCCGUCCAUCCAGAGUCCAAAGUGACUCGUAG